AGAGAGGAGGACACACACCCUGACAGGGAGAGAGGAGGACACACACCAAGAAAUAGAGAGAGGACAACACACACACUGACAGGAAGAGAGGAGGACACACACCAAGAAAUAGAGAGAGGACAACACACACCCUGACAGGGAGAGAGGAGGACACACAGUCGGACACGAAGCCGCUGGGCUUUAAGAAAUGCUGCCCUUUUAAAAGAGCCGGUCAGCUCAGGAUUACACAGUUCCCGCUCAGUUAAUACGAUGAGCUCCUCGUUGUCAACAACGUGCUGGAAUUAGCUCAACAAAGGCAAUGUUGACAGUACGUUUAUAUUAUGAUUAACGUCCUUCACCAGCGAAUUUCUUCAUCACAACAAACACAGGCCAGUCUGUCCAUCUGGGGAUGGGGGGGUCUUGGAGUCGUGCUGUUCCUUGUCACCUUUGGACCCUUUGCCAUAUUCUACCUGGCUUUUUAUAUAUUCUGCUUCAUUGGAGGGGGCUUUGCGGUCACUCUGCUUUAUGGAAAGAUCAACUCGGAGAAACACCUGGAAAAGUGCGAGCACUCUUACUUGCCACCCACACAAAUUGGUAUACUGAAGACAUUGGAUGAGAUGAAGCUGGAGAUGAAGCCCAUCAAAAUUGACCGGAGACUAACUGGAUCCAGUUUCAUUGAUGAACCACUACAACAGGUGAUCCAGUUUGCUCUGAGAGACUACAUCCAGUACUGGUACUACACUCUGAGCGAGGAUGAGUCCUUCUUAUUGGAGAUCAGACAGACGCUGCAGAAUGCCCUCGUCCAGUUCUCUACACGGUCCAAAGAGGUGGACUGGCAGCCUUACUUUACCACUCGCCUGGUGGACGACUUUGCCACCCAUUUGCGUGUCUUUAGGAAAGCCCAGGAUCGCCUCGCUGACCGAGAGGACAAGCAGAGAGACAUAACGGAGGAGCUGGUGGACUCCUUCUUUGAGGCCGAGAUGGAGAUGGAAAGAAAGAUUUGUCGAGACGUAGUAUGCACUUCACACAAAGAUGAAGAAGGUUUUCUUCGGGACUUGUGCGAGUUGCUUCUGUAUCUGUUACUACCUCCUGGAGAUUUCCACAACAAGAACAUGAGAUACUUUCUACGGGAGGUGCUGGCGUGUGGUGUGCUACUUCCUCUGAUCAACCAGCUUAGCGACCCGGACUACAUCAACCAGUUUGUCAUCUGGAUGAUCCGGGACUCCAGCUGUAACUAUGAAGCCUUCAUGAACAUCCUGAAGCUCACAGACAAGCCUGUUGAGCUGCAGGCUGUGAAGGACAAGGUGCUCGAGGAGCUGCAGUACCUCCGCUCUCUGGACACUGCCGGAGAUGAUAUCAAUGUGAUCAAGAACCAGAUUAACAGUCUUCUGUUUGUAAAGAAGGUGUGUGAGACAAGGAUCCAGAGGCUACACUCUGGCAAGGAGGUGGACGCCUUGAAGCUGGCAGCCAACUUUGGCAAGCUGUGUGUCAUCCCACUGGAUCACAUCCUCAUCCACAACAUAGCCCUGCAGUUCUUCAUGGACUUCAUGCAGGCAGCCGGGGCCCAGGCAGAGCUCUUCUUCUGGCUCACGGUGGAGGGCUACAGGGUGACGGCGCAGCAGCAGCUGGAGGCCAUGCAUGGCCAGCAGGCAGAUGGCAAGAAGCAGUCCAGCGCCACCAAGGGGCUGCUGAAGGCCGCUGCACUGGGUGUCUACGAGCAAUACCUCUCAGACAAGGCGUUGCCCAGGGUGCAGGUGGACGAAGCACCCGUCACAACACUAGGGGAGAAGCUACAGAAAGACGACCCCACGCCAGAGAUAUUUGAUGAAAUCCAGAAAAAUGUGUAUGACAUGAUGCUACAUGAUGAGCGCUACUACCCCUCCUUCAAGCAGAGUCCUCUCUAUGUCCGCAUGCUAGCAGAGUUAGACAUGUUGAAAGAGCCGAGCUACCGGGGGUCUGAUGACGGCGAGGGAGAAUCCUUCAAUGGCUCUCCGACAGGAAGCAUAAACCUAUCUUUAGACGACUUGUCCAACUCCUGCCAUGAUGAGAAUAUGCACCUCCAUGCCUUCAUCUCUGACACAGCUGACGCUUGUCUCCCGGGCUUCUGGGGUGCUACAGGGAUGUGCAACGACCACGGAAAGACCUACGCGCUGUACGCCAUCACCGUGUUCAGACGCAGCCAUGACGGCAGUGAGGACUGCUGGAAGACCUAUCGCCGCUACUCUGACUUCCACGACUUCCAUAUGAGGAUCAUUGAACAGUUUGUGAACUUGACGUCGAUCCUCAAGCUGCCAGGGAAGAGGACGUUCAACAACAUGGACAGAGACUUCUUGGAGAAAAGAAAAAGAGACCUCAAUACGUACCUACAGUUGCUGCUCAACCCAGAGAUGGUGAAGGCCUGUCCAACGCUGAUUCCUUAUGUAUAUGACUUCCUAGAGAACAAGGCCUACAGCAAGGGCAAGGGAGAGUUUGCACGCAAGAUAGACACAUUUGUAAAUCCUCUGAAGAGUUCGAUGAGAAAUGUGUCCCAAGCGGUGAAGGGGCUGCCGGACAGUCUGGCUGAAGGCAUGACCAAGGUCUCUGACAACAUGGGCCGCAUGUCAGAAAGACUGGGUCAGGACCUCAAACAGUCCAUCCUCAAGGUGCCUCCACUCCUCCCAAAGUCUGACAUCGACCCUGAACACUGUCGGGUUUCUGCUCAGCUUGAUGACAACGUGGAUGACAACAUCCCGCUGAGGGUAAUGCUGCUUCUGAUGGACGAAGUAUUUGACCUCAAGGAGAAAAACCAGUGGCUGCGCAGGAACAUCAAGAACCUGCUGCAGCAGCUGAUCCGAGCCACGUACGGAGACACCAUCAACAGGAAGAUUGUGGACCAUGUGGACUACUUGACAUCACCUGAGCAGGUUGCAGACUACGUCAAGAAGUUCAGGGAUUCCUACUGGCCCAACGGUAUUCUGGCGGAGACGCCGCCCCGUCGGGAUAAGAGCAUCCGCAUGAGGACACGAAUAGCUGCCAAGACCAGUCUGUUGGGCAUCAUGCCAGACGAGCUGAAGCACAUCAUCGGAGCGGACACCACGAGAAAAGGCAUCCUCCGUGUCUUCGACAUGUUUCAGUACCAACCCAUGAACCGUCGGCUGGUCUACGUUCUCCUGGAGGGCUUCUUGGAGACGAUGUUCCCCCAGUACAAAUUCCCCGAGCUCUUUGUCAAGUUGCACUCCCGCUCGCCACGCAUCCAAAAAUAUGGCCAGAAACUCAAAUCCUCCUCCCUCAAGAGGUGACAGGAGACGACAGAGGCAACAGGACAUGGGCCGACUAGAACCGCACAGACUCGAGAGCUCAGAGUGUGUGUGGGGGGGGGGGGGGGGCUGGAUGUGAACGUUGAGGUAUGUGUGUGAUUUCUGCCCUUUCACUUCCCUCACACACACUCCACUUACUGAUGAUUUCUGUCCAGACAGAAUUGAUGGAUGAAAAACAGACACUCUGCCCUCCUCUCACUCUGUGACACACACACACACACACACACACACACACGACUGGACAUAGCAGUCUUAUCUUUUAGUUUAUAUAUUUUGCUCUUCCUUUUUGGACUUUUUAGUUGCGUUUAACUUUAUCCUGGGCCAGUCAAUGCUGCUUUCUCCUGGUCCAGAGAGCAGACCACGAAUACUGUCUUGUUUUUAAACUGCAGGAGUCGAAAGCAUAGACCCACACCUUGCCUUACCUUCCCGCUUCUGUCUCUUGGUCAGUUCCCUCGAGCAUCCGAGUCAUCUGGCCACUCGGCUCAGACAAACUUACCCUCAUGCUGUAGACAUUUCUCUGCAAAGGCUGCACACUUUAUUUUUUCCUUCUUCAUCGCAACCAAAUAUGUCAAUCGCACUGGGUUGAAAAGGUGUUGUUUUUAAAAUGUGACUGAACAAAUAUGGAUUGAAAGAGAUGAUUUAGAUUUAUAUUGUCUGCAUCUUUUCCAGCCUCAAUGCCUCUCUUGAGACGGAGGUUGUUGUUGUUUUUCUUUUCAAAGUGUAACAUCCAAUGUACCACCCACGAUCCUGAAAGAAUAGAUCCCCCUUUAAUGCUACGGUCAUAACCUGUGACAACCAAAGCUCAUGCUGAUGUGUGUGUGUGUGUGUGCGCACUGGUUUAGUGUUGGGAUACUCUGAACAUUAUUGUUCUUCACAUCCUUAAUCAUGUGAGGAAACAGAAUGCAAAGUUGACCUUUAACGACCUAAAAGGUGAGUCUGUGAGGACACGCAGCUGUGGGAGGCUCGGCUCACUAUCAAAGAAUGUACUCUGGUCUCGUGUAUUUGGCUCGUGUAGAAUUGUGUGUGUGUGGUGGUGUGCGAGUGUGUGUUUAGCACAAAGACGCAGUCUUCAGUCGAAACGUGUGCCAGUGUGAGCCAGUGAACCAGCCUUAAACCUCCACCCAGUAUCUACUGACCACGAGUCUCGCUAGAGGUAGCCCCCCUUCACUCGACUGAACGUUACAAGGAAAUCAAGAGAUAUGGAGGUAUACACACUUUUAUUCAGAGAAAAUGUCUUUCAUUUUGUGCAAUAUUUGUUUUUCUUUAAUGCAUGUGCAUUUUGGAUAAUUCUAUACUUAGGAAGGUGAUUCAUAUUGUUUUAAUAGUAGAAAACAUGAAAGAAGCUUCCCAAGAAAUGUCUUCUCAUCCCAACAACUCAACAUUCCGUUGUUGUAAAAAGUACAAUGUUUAUUUUUACAGACUUGUUUUAUAAGUCUGAGUUUUUUCUGUUUUGGGUGUUUGGGGGGUAUUUUACACCCCUCGCCCACUCCUACAGAAUCGUGUGUUUUGGGCAUCAGUUGGGCAGUGGCAGGGGGUUUUCUGUGUAGCAGCCGGAUCAUGAGCUCAUUGGGCUAUAGCUGGCUCAGAGGCGCCUCAGACAACGGCUUCUUUUUAACUCAUAAGUGGCGUUUUAUGCAUUCAAGCCUGUUCUGUUGAGUGUGAACGGAUCUUUGUUGUUAUUAACUGACAGCUGGAGGGACUCGUGUCCUGUCAUGAGCACUUACCGUAGCAACUGUGGGAGAGCCAUGGGCUGGACCGAGCCCCGUUCUGCUGCAGUCCCGCGACGGGACUCCCUCGUCUGCUCUGAUUGAUUUGCUUGCACUGAGCAGCCCUCGUGGACUCCGAUUGGCUGAAUAGGAGAACAUGAACUGGAGCCUCCCUUACUAGGAGGUGAAUAUUUUGUUCCCACGGUGGAGGUGUCACUUCUAACUUUCUGCACAUCUCUCCAUACAGGAAGGCUUGUCUUGUUUUUUAACCCCAGUAUUUAUGAAUCCGAUUAUGAAAAAGUGUGCAUAUCUGUGUACAGUAUGUGUUAAUAGUGUGCCUAAAUGUACCGUCAACUCUAUUUUCAUAUUUUUCUUUAACCUAAAAAAAAAAAAUCAGAAUGUCAUGAUCAUUUAUGCGACUGAAAAUGACUUUAGGGUGUUUCUUUGCAUCAUGCUUAUCAAACUCUUCCUUGUGAGCUGUUGUGCUCAGAUCAGUAUAACACUAAUAAAAGGUAACUCAAACUAA